CUGUGUGGAUGAGCAAUGUGCCACUUCAGCAGGCGUCUUCUCAGUGACUGGAAGAAGUGUAUCGGCCCUGUCAGAGUGUCCCCGCAUUGUAUUGUUCAGGGAGAAGAGGACGUCCCAGUCAGGCAGCCAUGCUUCUGGGCCUUUUCAAUAGCUGCCACGUGUUCAAUGGCACAAGACAAUGAGACCUCGAUAGGAAGUUCUUCUGUGUCGUCUUCCCUAGAAGUAGACUCCACUCUCUACGAGGGCUACGUCUGUACGUUGACCCCGGAGCUGGUCCUCAAGGCUAGGGAAGAAUUGCAGGAGAAGCCAGAAUGGAGGUUACGUGAUGUCCAAGCUCUGAGGGACAUGAUAUGGAAGGAAUACCCCAACCUACGGACACGAGUCGAUGACGCCUUCUUGCUCCGCUUCCUGAGGGCUCGCAAGUUUGACUAUGACCGAGCUCUACAGCUGUUGGUCAAUUAUUACGGUUGCCGGAAAGGAUGGCCGGAAGUAUUUACCAACCUUAGACCUUCCGCGGUUAAACCUGUGCUGGACUCUGGUUUCUUGACUGUUCUACCUCACACAGACGCAGAGGGAAGACGUAUUGUCUGUAUUCGCCCUGGUCAGUGGAAUCCUCGGAGUUACCCGAUCACUGAAAAUCUUCGUGCCAUGUAUCUGUCUCUGGAAAAACUGAUAGAAGCCGAGGAGACGCAAGUGAAUGGUAUUGUGAUCCUAGCUGACUACGAGGGGGUUGGUUUGUCCCAUGCAUCUCACCUUGGACCGUUUAUUGCCAAGAAGAUUAUUGGGAUUCUUCAGGAUGGUUUUCCAAUUAGGAUAAAAGCUGUCAACAUCAUCAAUGAGCCCAGGAUAUUUAAAGGGAUUUACGCCAUACUGAGGCCAUUUUUGAAAGAGAAGUUCGUAAAGCGGAUAUUCCUCCACGGGUCAGACAUGAACUCCCUCCACAGCAAUAUACCUAAUGCCGUCUUACCAGAGGAAUAUGGAGGCACGGCCGGGAAGCUGGAUAUUUCCGCAUGGAGCCAGGUCCUCUUGGCAUCCGAAAGUGACUUUGUUCAAGACUUUUACCAGGCCAACCUCACCCGUGACGGCUCCCUCCAAGGGUUGGUAAUGAACGAUACCGAAUCAGACUACUUGCAAUGCGAGGAGUCUGCACGCGGGGUUAAAUCCCAGCUCUACUGUUACUGAAUAGUAUUUCCGUGUCGUCUGGAGAUCCCGGGGCAAGUGUCUAAAUAAAUGUCCAUCAGGUGCAAUUUUAUUUUAUUUUAUCCUCUAUGUUAAUUCCUGUUCUGCGAUAAGAGUGUAUUCAUUCAUGUGGUUCUUAAAAAGUCUGUUAACUAUAUAAUUGCCAAAUACCACUCUUAAAAAUCCUAUUUUACAGCUUUACCCUUUAAAGGAUUUUUUUUGUAAUAUAUGAAAAUAUUAUUUUAUUGCCUAGAACACGUAAAUUGGCAUUGCAUAACUACAACCCCCAGUAUGCCCUGACGAUGAGGUCAGUAAUAAGGAAUCUGUUGGUAAUGUAGCAGAGGAAUUAUAUGGGGGACUGGGGGGUGCUGGGGACUAUGGUUAGUUGGGAAUAAGGCUGGAGGUAAUGGGGACCCAGGCUGCAUCUUGGGCAUCUUAUUGGGCGCAAAUUCACAGUAUGUUCAGAUGAGAAGAUACAAAGGGCAUGUUUUUGCAAACAACAAAGUAUUCACAGUAGCAAAACAAGCAAUAAAACUUAACAUUUAAUAAUUAUCUUAAAAAAAAGAUUUUUUGGCAUGUAUUUAAUAACAAUAAAUCUGGUUGUGACCACAAUAUCCCAGUGAAACAUCAAUAAUCAAAAUGACACGCCUGGACAAAAACUUAUCAACUUCUGAUAAAGACAAAAAAAAGAGGAACAAUGAAUUGAGUUCCCUAGUCCCAACGUGUUUCACCUGUAAUAUUCUGUACGGGAUCCUCAGGGGACAUAAAUCCGGUAUAGUACACCAAAUAAACAAAGGCUUAUAUCUGCACUCAAAUUGCAUAUGUUCGAUACAAAUGAUGUAGGUGUGACAUAGAUAUAGGCAUGCAGUGAUGAUUAGGGUAUAGCUGAUGCCCCACUAUAUAGUAAAUCACUUCCACCUCAGUGAACAACACUGUAUGCUAACACAAAGCUAAACACCAAAUCCUAUUCAGGAUCUACCGACAAGCAAAAAGUAACAUAAUCAAAGCAUAUGGUCACAAAAAAGUAAACAACCACCACGGCCCAUGAUUUAGGCCACUCACUGAUGAUGGGAUAGAUGUGCAGCUCAUCUUAUUGGGCACCAUUCAUCCAGUUAAAGGGGUAUUCCAGGCUAAACCUUUUUUUUAUAUAUAU